GUUGCUCAGUUCGUCACGCGUCUCCCUUUGCAACAGUUUGGGUAGGAAUCGGCGUGUCAGAAUUAACAAACCGACAUUUGAUCUCAUCUGAUUCGUCCCCGGAUGCGGAGUGCCCACUCCGUCAUCCUCCACAUCGGGAAUCCACGUCCCUCUCCCUGUCCUCCUCUGCUCCCGCGCCAAAAUAUAUACUCCCUCCGCCCUCCAUCGCCUCCCUCAACUUCCUUCGCCGCGCCGCGUUCCUUCUCCUCCGUCGACCACGAGCGCGCAGGAAGAGAGUAGGUUAAUGGCGGAGGCCGAACUGAACUCGUCAAACUAAAUUACUACACCCCCCUUGCUGAACCUACUACCGCCAAGCGGGGUAGCCGGCACGCCAAGAUUGCUUGCUGGCGGACUCACUCUUCUUCUUGGCACUUCUCACAUGCAGGCCUUGGCUUUGGAUUCUAGAAAGGCGGACGGAGCCUAGUGACCGGCUGGUUCCAAGAAAGAAGGGCAGUUACGAUGGAUGGCGCAGCGGAGCCGGCGCCGGCGGCGGCCGGCAAGUUGGAGAAGAGCUACUUCGACGUGCUGGGGAUCUGCUGCCCGUCCGAGGUGCCGCUCGUGGAGAAGCUCCUCGAGCCGCUCCCCGGCGUGCACAAGGUGUCCGUCGUCGUGCCCUCCAGGACCGUCAUCGUCCUCCACGACGCCUCCGCCAUCUCCACCGCGCAAAUCGUCAAGGCGCUGAACCAGGCGAGGCUGGAGGCGUCGGUGCGGGCCUACGGCGGCGCAAGCCAGAAGACCACCAACAAGUGGCCGAGCCCGUACGUGCUCAUCUGCGGCGCGCUGCUGGUGGUGUCUCUGUUCGAGCACUUCUGGCGGCCGCUCAAGUGGUUCGCGCUGGCGGGUACCGCCGCCGGCCUGCCGCCCAUCAUCCUCAGGAGCUUCGCCGCCGCCAGGAGGCUCACCCUCGACGUCAACAUACUCAUGCUCAUCGCAGUUGCUGGGGCAAUAGCUCUGAAGGACUAUUCCGAGGCUGGGUUCAUUGUCUUCCUCUUCACCAUAGCCGAAUGGCUCGAGACCAGGGCAAGCCGCAAGGCCACUGCUGGAAUGUCGGCACUUAUGAGCAUGGCACCACAAAAUGCUAUUCUGGCAGAGACUGGGCAAAUAGUUGCUUGCCAGGAUGUGAAGAUCAAUACAACAAUAGCUGUCAAGGCAGGGGAGGUAGUGCCGAUCGAUGGUGUUGUCGUCGAUGGACGGAGUGAGAUUGAUGAGAGCACUCUCACCGGGGAGUCAUUCCCGGUGUCCAAGCAGGCCGGCUCCCAGGUCUGGGCUGGUACCCUCAACAUAGAUGGUUACAUUGCGGUGAGGACAACUGCUAUGGCUGACAACUCUGCAGUGGCGAAAAUGGCAAGGCUCGUCGAAGAAGCCCAGAACAGUAGAUCAAGUACUCAAAGGCUGAUUGAUACGUGUGCUAAGUAUUACACGCCUGCUGUUGUUAUCAUGUCUGGAGCAGUAGCGCUGAUCCCUGUAAUAGUCAGAGCACGCAACCUCAAACACUGGUUCGAAUUGGCCCUAGUCCUCCUUGUGAGUGCUUGCCCAUGCGCUCUAGUGCUGUCAACGCCCGUUGCCACCUUCUGUGCUCUACUGAGGGCCGCGAGGACAGGUCUUCUCAUCAAAGGAGGGGAUGUCCUUGAAUCCUUGGCCAGUAUCAAAGUUGUCGCCUUCGACAAAACUGGUACAAUUACUAGAGGAGAGUUCUCUGUCGAGGAGUUUCGGACAGCUGACGAGCGUGUUCCGAAGCAACAACUUCUUUACUGGGUCUCAAGUAUGGAGAGCAAAUCAAGCCACCCAAUGGCAUCGGCUCUUGUUGAUUAUGCUCAUUUUAACUCCGUGGAGGCAAAAUCGGAAAAUGUCACCGAAUUUCAAAUCUAUCCUGGUGAGGGGAUUUAUGGUGAAAUUGAUGGAGUAGGAGUAUAUGUUGGGAACAGAAGGAUAUUGUCAAGGGCUUCAUGUCAAACAGUUCCAGACAUAAAAGAUAUGAAAGGAGUUACCAUUGGAUACGUGGCCUGCAACAACGAAUUGAUUGGAGUAUUCAGUCUUUCGGAUUCUUGCCGAACUGGAUCAGCUGAAGCCAUCAAGGAGUUGAGAUCACUGGGCAUCAAAUCCGUGAUGCUAACUGGUGAUAGUAACGCCGCAGCCACAUUCGCACAAAACCAGCUGGGAAACCUCCUUGCUGAAGUUCACUCUGAACUUCUGCCAGAAGACAAAGUGAGAAUUGUCGAUGAACUGAAGGAAAAAGAUGGCCCUACACUGAUGAUUGGCGAUGGCAUGAAUGAUGCCCCGGCAUUGGCUAAAGCUGAUGUUGGAGUCUCCAUGGGUGUAUCUGGUUCAGCUGUCGCAAUGGAGACGAGCCACAUUACUCUGAUGUCGAAUGACAUCCGCAGGAUUCCCAAGGCUAUCAAGUUGGCAAGGAGGACACACCGAACUAUUAUCAUGAACAUUGUCUUCUCGGUGGUUACAAAGCUUGCAAUCGUUGCCCUUGCAUUUGCCGGGCAUCCACUUAUUUGGGCAGCAGUCCUUGCUGACGUCGGUACAUGCUUGCUGGUGAUCAUGUACAGCAUGCUGUUGCUGAGAGAGAAAGGCAGUGGAAAGGUGGCAAAGAAAUGUUCGUCUCAUCAUGGGUCUCAUUCAAAGAAGCAUGGCACUUCCCACCACUGCUCAGCUGGUCAUCACCAUGAGCAGAAAUCAACCGGAAGUUGUGUAGAUUCAUCUGCCGGUAAGCAUGCUUGCCAUGAUCAUCACCAUGAGCAUGACCACCACAAAGAGCCAAACAACCUGCAUUCCACGGACAAGCAUGGUUGCCAUGAUCAUAGCCAUGGCCACAACCACUGCAAAGAGUCGAGCAACCAGUUAGUCACAAGCAAGCAUGUUUCCCAUGGUCAUGGCCAUAACCACUGCAAAGAGCCGAGUAACCUGGACACCGCCGCGCACAAGCAUGAUUGCCAUGAGCAUGAACAUAGCCACCGUGAAGAACCAAGUAGCUCACAUUCUACCAACAAGCUUGCUUGCCAUGGCCAUGCACAUAGCCACUGCGAAGAAUCCAACGGUUCUUCUAUUGAUGAGUAUGCUUGCCAUGAUCACAAGCACUGUGAAGAGCCAAUCAGCUUGCUUUGUGCCACUGAGCAUGCUUGCCAUGACCAUGAGCAUGAGCAUGACCAGGACCACGAGCAUCAUUGUUGUGAUGAACAGAAAACGUUGCACACAGCAGAUGAGCACUCCUGCCAUGACCAUAAGCAUGACGACAAUUCAAUCCAGGAGCACUCAAUAUCGAUCGAGAUUACAUCGCCUGGUCACCAUGAGCAGAAAAGCCAAUGCGGACGCCACAGCGAACACAAAGAUGAAGGGUGUGGACAUCACCCAAAAGCAAAUGAUCACAUUCCAGCUGUGACCGAAUGCAGCAAGGGAAACUGUCAGAGCACAAUGAGCAGCAGGAGUUGCGAAAGCAAAGGUAAAGAAAUUUGUCCAAGCUGGCAAGUUGGUCGCACCGGAGUGGUCCGCCGGUGUUGCAGGACUAGGGUGCGCAGCUGCUGCAGCAACAGCAUGUUGAAGCUGCCUGAGAUUAUAGUAGAGUAGGAGGGGAAGUGCAUAUCAUAUCUUGGCAACCAAAAUGAGUAAAUCUUCCAUUAUCUAAAAAAUCAGCUACCGAAGUCGCCUCGUUGGCGCAUAUAGCUAGAUGACCGUGGCUGACACAAGGUGUUUGAUCUGGUUUAGUUUUGCUUUGCUGCUGAAGAAAUGGUGUAGAGGUCUGAAUUUUGAUGAAGCAGGUAUCUUGUCUAUCUGAAAGGGUGCUGCUAUUGUUGUUUGUCCCUGGUGAUUUUGCAUCUUUUCAAAGAAUUUGAGAAGGCGCUAAACGGAGUAGCUCAUAAUAUCAGCGUGCUUGUAUAUUUACAGAAGGUGGUGGAUAAAAUCAGUUGAUAAUUGCAUACUAGGUUUUCUCUGUUUGGUAGAAGUUGUAAUUUUACUCAACUUCUGUGGACGAAAUACCUUUAACUAAGUUCAGUUAUGAGGUGUUCUGUGAAUUGCACAUAUAAUUUUGCUGCUCAGGUUA